AUGGAUAGCGAAGGGCGCAGCUCCCUUCCCAGCGGGACGUGGGGAGGUGCAGGGUGUGCGUUGGCCACGGGGCAGCGCCCGCGGCUUCAGCUCUGGGGCCUCAGGCCGGGUCCCCACUGGCAGGGUCGCUCCCGGUGGGUGAAGGCUUGUGGCGGAGAAAACAAGAUGUCUCAUGCCGGGAGACGAUACCAGGAAAAGCAGAACAGGCACCAUGAGAACCACGGAUACAAGGAAGACAGAAGAGUGAGAAAGCUUUACCCAUACAACGGAAGAUCAACAGAAGACAUCCAACCUGGCCAGCACUCCAGGACUGCUACUGUUUGUUCAGAUGCUUACUCUAAAACCUCAGGAGCAGCAGGAGAGUAUUUUGGCCCACCACCAGAGUGUUAUCCUCCUAAGGAAACUUUCUCAAUGAAGUGUUCAAAGGUAUGCACAACAAGAGGCAUUUUGAAGUUUGUGGAAAUCACAGUUAACAUCCUCGUGCUGAUUUGUGUGGCUGCUGCCCAAGCCUCUGUUGCAGGCUUCACAUCCUUUGGUGGUUUUGGCAUCGGAUCCUUUAAUCUGAAUUCAGCCUACAGCCCCUUUGAGGGCACAGAGCUCCAGGAGGUGAGGGAGCUAGACAUGCAGUUCACCCAGAUGAGAGCUCCUUGUGUGUAUGGUGGAGUCUCCUUCAGCUUAGCAGCAGCAGUACUUACCCUUGUCUUCCUUGUUGUGGGGGCAAAACCCAUCCAACAGCUGAGGAUGGGGCUGUUGGCAGGUGAAUGUGCCUUCAACCUGCUGGCUGGCACUUCAUACAUCAUAGCAGUCGGCCUCUAUCUACAUUUUGUCAGCCAGGUGAACUCCACAGAAGUCUGCAAGAGGCGCGAGAGACUGUAUGCACGACGUGGUUAUACUUCAAUGAACUGUGUGGUCCAGGGUGGGGAUGCAGCUGUCGGCCUUUUUGGUGUCGCUGCUGCCUGUUUGUACUUUGCCAGCUUUGUGGUCUGCAUCCUUGCUAUCCGAACAGUCCGGGCCUUCCACAGCCACAUAGCUAAGGCUCAGUGCAGCCUUAGAGACAGAAGUGUCAGAAACCAACAUGCCGCCCACAGAACCAUUGCAAGCUCUCACAACAUCCAGGCUCUUGCCACAUUAGUGUGA